AUCAAACGAAAACAGAACUGCGUUUUGGAUUUUGAUUUGUACUUCACAUGUGACUUCUUAAAUUAAUUUAUUCAUUACCUAGUCGCCUCAGUUAAAAAAAUAACUGUGAUAAAUAUCUCUAAAAAUGUUUAACUUACGUUGACAAUAAAUGUUUUAUGUUCGAAAACGUAUUUAGCGUUUGUCUAAACUUAGCGGGCUCGCCGCUUGGGUCAGCAACAUUGAACAAAGGCGGCGUUUUUUUCAAAAAGCCAGCAGGCAGCGCGGCAGCGCUGGGCGGAAGGAAGGCACUAAGGUUAAGGACAGUUGCUGCAGUGGCACAUGCGCUGACAUACGCCCAGUAGGUUAUUUAGAACCUGUCCGAAAAGUGUAGCUUCGUUUCAACUUGCGCUAGCCUCCACAACCAUGCGUGUUACAUGCAGCAUCUGCAUGGACUGUUUCGACCGCACCAGCACCGACAACGUGAACAGCACGGCCUGCGGCCACGUUUUUCACGAACUCUGCCUCCUGCAAUGGCACGAGAUGUCCAAGACCUGCCCUACGUGCCGCAAGCCUCUCCAACAGCGGCAGAUCUUCAAGCUCUUCUUUUCCGCUUCCGAGUCCAGGGACGAGGACGUGAGCAGUCUCCAGAACCAACUGGACGAUGCCAAAGCCAAGCUGCGGGCCGCCGGCGUGGAGAAAAUCAAGCAGCAGGAAGCCGCUGACGCUUUGAAGGCGUUCCUCAUUCAGCGCGAAGACGAAGUCCAGGAGAUUAAGGAAAAGUACAUGACGGCGAUUGGGGACCGAAACUUGCUGGAGAGCAAACUGCGGUCCAUGAAGAAAGAGGUCGCCGAAAAGAGGCAGUUGUCGGACGAGAACAUCGUGCUGAGGGCCCGGCUCGAGGAGUGCGAGAAGGAACUGCAGUCGACAAAGGACUCGCGAUCCAAUAUGGCGAACGAGGUGACAUGUCUGAUAAAGGAGGCGGGCCACUGGACUGCCCGGGCAAAGCGACAGGCGGUGCAGCUCAAGGCGCUGGAGGCCGAAGUGGGGGAAACAAAGAAGUUGCUUCAGGAUGCUGAGAAGCGGAUACGGAUCCUGAAGGAAAAGAGGCACCACGAUCACAUGCUGCUCGAUCAUUCCCUGCAAGAAAGCCCUGCACCCGAACGGCUGAAGCGACCGCGCCUGACGGAUCCCGAAACUACGCUGUCUCCCGAGGUUCCGUCCCCAAGCGUCAAGAUGGACCACUUUGUGUGCAUCAACACGCUGAUGACGGAGGAGGACGGCCAGCGCGAGCUGCGCACCUUCUUCGAGCGCUUCUCCCCGCACAUCACUGACAUGACGGUUCAGCAGCUUGGUGACUUCUUCGCCUCCUACACCCUGCACCGGUCCCAGAGGGCCUUGGGCAGUGGCGGUUUUGCGGAGGCGGCCAGCGCCGCUGCCAGGGACCCGCUGUCCCUCUCCCGGCUCGUCGAGCCCAACUUGUUCCUCGGAUCGGACUGCCUGGUCAAGAUCAAGCGGGAACCCCACGACCUCCGCAGCGACGCGCUCCUGCACGCCGGCGAAGACGCGGGUCCCUGGCCCAGCGAUGGACGCCGAACAUCAUACCAACCGGAGGAAUAUGGUUCCGAAGAUACGCUGUGAUCCAAGAGCGAUCGUCGGGUUGUGUACAGAUGUGCUUUCGAACGGACAGAGAAACGCUGCCGGGGACAUCGUCACCUCGGAACAGGUUCCCCCGCGUGACCAGGCUGCCACUGGUCACGCGGGGGAACCUGUUCCGCCCCGGCCUUUCGUCGUCCGGUUCCCCUCCGUCCGUCAUCCGAACCGGCUACAACGGUCUCGGCGGACACUCCAAGCACGUUGUCGGGUCGAAGGCUCUUUCGACUCGUCCGUGAACGCUUCAACUAUGGUGGUUUUGGGCCGGAUAAAUGGGGACGUUCAGCAAUUUUCAAGAAAACAUGUUUUUUUUUGUUUUUUUUUUUCACGAUUUGCAGAUGUGCCCCCGUUUUGGACCAAUUGCCUUUUCUUUUAAACAAGCAAGCAAGAUUUUUUUUUUUUUUGUCUUUUGUGUAGAAGUAGCAUGAAUGCCUUUAGAUGCUUUUUCAGUUUGAGAACAAUUGCAGGUUUUAGAUUUUAGUGUUCAUUCAGUGUUUUAUGUGACAAGCCAAAUGUCUGCCAGUUUUAUUUUUGUGUCUUGUACUAUAGCAUGGAAGUAGCAUGAAUGUUUUCUAGGUCUCAGUGGUUUGGGGGCUGAUGAGUGUUGAAUAAAAACGAGGGAAUUCGCGCAUGAAGUUUUCAGAAAAUAUUUUUAUAUUUGUGUAUGCCUGUGAACCCAUUGUUUAGUUUUUUUUAAAUUUUGGGCAUCAGUUGUGUGUAUUAAUAGCAGUGCAGCUUGUCGACUAUAUUUUGGGCCAAAUGGAAGUAUGAGAAUAAACUGACUGUAUGCAACAUCUUAAAAAAACAAAAAAACUACUUGUUUGCAUUUUCUUGCAGAACCCAUUCGUAACAAUCACUCUUAUACACGUCUUUUUUGCUUUGACACUUAAACUUAACAAUUGCAAAAAGGAAAACUGAAUUAAUGGAAGAAUAGUGAACUCUUAUCUG